AUGACCUCCUCGGACGACAAAACCAACCUCUUCCCCCAAUACUCUUCCCAACUCGUCGGGACCUGGAAAUGCAUCUCCUUCCACCUAUACGCCGUCCCCUCCAACCCGUCCCCCUCCAACCCUCACGGCGACCUCCUCUCCAAACCCCAGGGCGACUCUCCCCUCGGCCGCCUCUCCAUCUCCCCCACCGGCUGGCUAGCCGUCCAUUCCUCCACGCCUAGUAGCCUCGGAGGUUUGAAAUCCGGAAAAUCCUGGCACGCCGCGCCGGAGGAGGAAGUCGCGCUUGUAGCACGGGGUCUGACGAUGUAUUGUGGGUACUUGGAGGUUUUCGAGGAUGAGGAGGAGGGGCAGGUGUGGUGGAGGACGAGGGUGGAGGUGGCUGCGGAUCCGGGGAUGAUUGGGGGAAAGGAGGAGAGGAGGGUUAGGUUUGAGAGGGAGGAUGGGGAGGGGAGGGACGUUAUGGUGCUGGAGCCGAUGAAGGAGUAUGAGGUUGAGGAUGGGACGAAGGCGAGGGCGGUGUUGAAGUGGGUGAGGAUGGAUCCGAGGGAGUAA